CCUCGUGCAGCAUUGCCUCACAACAAGUGCCCGCGCCGCGGUGCCGCUUUAUCGGUACAAUAUUAGAGUUAUCAGUUCACACCUACUUAUAUUUACUUAUUACUUUUAUUAUUAUUUAUUAGGGUGCAGCUUACAAUGGCUUACCUACAAUCCAUGCCUAAAUCAGAAACUAUUAAGUUGCGCGAAAAGCACAUCGGUGCCGCCUGCCAGUUGUUUUUUCGUUCAACUCCAUUGAAAAUAGUGCGAGGUAUCGCCCAAUUUAUGUAUGACGAAACUGGCGAGAGAUAUCUAGACUGCAUUAACAAUGUAGCUCACGUUGGACACUGCCAUCCGCACGUAGUGGAAGCUGGUCGUAACCAAAUGUCGUUAAUAUCAACAAACAAUCGCUACCUUCACGACGAAAUCGUGAUUCUCGCGGAGAGGCUUAUCAAAACAAUGCCUGAGUCACUUUCAGUAUGUUUCUUCGUCAACUCUGGAUCUGAAGCCAAUGAUUUAGCAUUGAGAUUAGCCCGAGUGCACACUAAGAACAAAGACGUUAUCACACUCGACCACGCGUAUCAUGGCCAUCUUACGUCUAUGAUUGAUGUGUCGCCUUACAAACUGAACCUACCAGGAGGGCCCGACAAACCAGAGUGGGUUCAUGUGGCGCCAGUUCCUGAUGUGUACAGAGGAAAGUAUGUGCAACCAAGGGAUUCACAAUGCAACGAAGAACUGGGGCAAAUGUAUGCGGACGAAGUUGGAAGAAUCUGUAGAGAAAUUAAGAAGAAAACCAAUGGUGUGUGCGCAUUCAUUGCUGAGAGUCUGCAAAGCUGUGGAGGCCAAAUAAUUCCUCCUGAUGGCUACAUGAAAAAAGUUUAUGAAUACGUUCGAGAAGCUAAUGGCGUUUGCAUCGCGGAUGAAGUUCAAGUGGGCUUUGGACGCUCAGGCACUCACAUGUGGGCCUUUGAGACCCAGGACGUAGUGCCCGACAUUGUGACGAUGGGCAAACCGAUGGGGAACGGGCACCCGGUGGCAGCAGUUAUUACCACGCCGGAGAUCGCGAAGAGCUUUGCUGAUACCGGCGUUGAAUAUUUUAAUACGUACGGUGGCAAUCCAGUGUCCUGUGCGAUCGCCAAUGCUGUCCUCGAUGUAAUUGAAGAGGAACAUCUGAUGGAGCGUGCGGCCAGAGUCGGAAGCCACCUUCUGAGCCGCUGCGAGGGUCUUAAACACAAACACGCAUUGGUCGGUGAUGUGCGAGGAAGAGGGCUGUUUGUUGGGGUCGAGCUGGUCACCGACCGAGAGACCAGGACAGCAGCGACGGCGGAGGCAAAGCACAUUGUGAAUCGGAUGCGUGAAGAAUCGAUCCUAAUUAGUAGAGAUGGACCAGAUAGUAAUGUGCUGAAAUUUAAACCCCCUAUGGUCUUUACAACGCAAGAUGCUGACAAAGCAGUUGAAACACUCGACCGAAUUCUUGCUGAAUUGGAUAGAAACAGUCUACCAAUGAAAGUACAGCUUGAGGUGCGAGUGACUCCAUUAAGAGAAUUGGAAAGCAGUGAUCUGGUGUUACCACAUAGUAGUCUACAAAAUGUUACCGGAGUUUCAUUUUAAUCUAGAAAACAUCUCAAGAGUAUUAUCGAAUAAUAAGUGUUUUAAUUAUGUAUAAUAAGAUAUUUGUAUGUUGCAUUUUAUAAAUAAAUAUUU